CUAAAGCAAAACCAGCCUUGAAAAGUUACACAUAUAUUCAACUUUUCCUUCUCCAAAUUAUCCCAAAACCCAUCCAAAUCAGAUUAACUAUAUACAACACAUCCUAAAAGUGUCUACACAAAAUGAUGAAAAUCUGAAAUCUGUAGAGAGAGAGAGAGAGAGAGAGAGAGAGAGAGAGAGAGAGAGGGAGGGAGGGAGAGGGUGAAGGCUUUGAUUCUUCUUUUCCCUUGGCCUUGUAAUUCAGUCAGAUAUUGAAGAAUGCAAACUUCUCUCAAACUAGCGUCUUUUGCUAUAACUACAUAUUAUCUUCUUCUUCUUCUUCCAUUAGUUGGCUGCUCAUUUCAUGAAGAUGUCAACCAACACAGCAGUCACAAUAACAUAAAAGAAAACAUUCACAAGCUGAGUCCACGAAUGACGUCUAACGUUACAGUUCACGGCCUCCUCGCAUGGUUUUCAAUUGGGUUUUUGAUGCCUCUUGGAAUACUUGUAAUUAGAAUGUCUGUUAGAGAGGAACGUGGGACAACAAGAGCCAAAGUUCUCUUCUACCUCCAUGUUAUUUUGCAGAUGCUGUCAGUGCUUGUUGCCACAGCUGGAGCUGUGAUGUCCCUAAGAAACUUUGAGAACUCAUUCAACAACCACCACCAGAGAUUAGGUCUUGCACUUUAUGGUUCCAUAUGGAUACAAACCCUAAUAGGAUUUUUCAGGCCACACAGGGGAAAGAAAGAAUGGAGUUUUUGGUACUUGGCACAUUGGAUGCUUGGGACAAUGAUAUCAUUGUUUGGGAUAAUCAACAUCUACACUGGAUUAGAAGCCUACCAUAAGAGAACACAGAGAAGCUCAGGACUUUGGACUAUUCUUUUCACAGCUGAGGUCUCCUUCAUUGCUGCCUGUUAUCUCUUCCAAGACAAAAGAGAUUACAUACAAAAGCAAGGAGUGAUUAGCAAUCUUGAACAGCCGAUCACAAUCAGGCAACAAGAUGAAGAAACUGCUCAGAGGCAGCAGCAAAUUCAAAGGGACUUGUUGCCAGAUCAGCAGCCAUGUGGCAAAGUCAAUGCACUCAAGAACUUGUUUGACUCAACACCAAAUUCAUUUGUGGGCCCAGAUGGGAAGGUGUACCAUAGCCACGAUGGGCUGGCACCACACUCACACGAACCCAUAUACUCCCCCGGGUACUUCAGCAGAAGAGCUCCACCUCUCCUCUCCAGGAAUUUCAAUGAAAGGGCUUUCACCAUUGGCAUUGGUGGACCUGUUGGUACCGGGAAAACUGCUCUGAUGUUGGCUCUGUGUAAACUUUUGCGUGACAAGUACAGUCUUGCUGCUGUGACAAAUGAUAUAUUCACAAAAGAGGAUGGUGAGUUCUUGGUGAAGAAUGGAGCACUUCCGGAAGAAAGAAUACGUGCUGUGGAAACUGGGGGCUGCCCACAUGCUGCAAUUCGCGAAGACAUCAGUAUUAACCUUGGCCCUCUUGAGGAGCUUUCAAACUUGUACAAGACCGACAUACUGCUUUGUGAAUCUGGCGGAGAUAAUUUAGCCGCGAACUUCAGCAGGGAGCUGGCUGACUAUAUCAUUUACAUAAUCGAUGUAUCUGGAGGUGAUAAAAUUCCACGAAAAGGUGGCCCCGGCAUCACUCAAGCUGACCUCCUGGUGAUAAACAAGACUGACCUUGCACCAGCAGUUGGAGCUGAUUUGGCAGUGAUGGAGCGUGAUGCACUACGAAUGCGAGAUGGAGGGCCAUUUGUCUUUGCUCAGGAAGGUGAAGCACGGGAAAGGAGUAGAGGAAAUCGUGAACCACAUAUUACAGGCUUGGGAAGUAGCAACAGGGAAGAAGCGCCACUGAAUCCGUCAUCCAUGAAGUUUGGUACCUUGUUUCGUCUGUCCCUCUACGUUGAAGCCUCGAUGAAUAAAUGUGACUUCAAUUUUAUGUCUCUUUUAUUGCACACAAGAAUGGGCCCGAAUGGGCCGGGCCACAAUGUGGCGGUGGAGUCCAUUACCAAUUUACCACCCACCCGACUGAAGAAGCGAAAUUCCGCGAAUCCGAUGAAAUUAAAUUCGAACAGAGGAAGAAGAAACCAGAAAUCUCCAGUUACCAACCAACAAUUUCAAUCCUACGGAAAAAUGGCGGCGGAGGACGAGGAGCCAAAGAAGAGAAGGAUGGUGGUGGAAUCCCUCGGAUGGCUGACGGAGUCUUCAAUUAUGCCGAAGAAGCACCGCGCCAUCGCCGGCGUCGGAGCUUCCUCAAUCAUGGAGCUCAAGGCCCAACUGUAUCAAUCCCAAGAAGAAUCCAAGAAGUCUAAAGAACUCGCCGGCUCCGACAUCGAGUUCCAUCGCGCCAAGAAGAGAAUCACCGCACACGACGGUUUCUCCGCCAAGAACUCCGGCGUCGACGCCCGGGCCCACAAGGACAAGCUUGAGCUGAAAGCAGUUCAUGAUGGAUCGGCGAGCUAUGCAGCGUUGGAAAGGAAGGCUGCAUUGUACGAUAAGCUAGCAAGGGGAGAGCUAUCAGAUGAAGAAGAUAAAGAGAAGUAUUGUGUGGAUUUUUUCGGCAAGAGAGUUGAGCAGGACGAACCGCAGCAGACUCAGCACCGUGAUUCACCUGCAGUAGUAUCUCCGGAGAAUCAAGAUGGCGAGAUCAACGCUUCUACGCUGUUUAGCACGAAACCUUUGGGGCUUGGGCGAGCGGAUGCGACAGUGGACAAUGAUAUUCACAAGCGUUUUGUGAGGGAAGUACACGAAGAAGCAAAUCAAGCAAGAGAGAUGGCGUCUAAGCUCAAACUGCGUAGGGAAGAGCAAGCAGCUGCUCGUCGGGAGAAGUUAAAACAGGCUUAUAUACGGAAACAGUUAGAGAGACUUAAAACAGCAUCAUGUAAUAAGGAACAGACAGAAUGAACAGCAGUAGGCGAUGAUGACCACAAUAGCCAUCUCGAAUCCUGCUGUUCGCUUCAGGGUUCAUUUUCGAAGGAAAGAAACAUGUUAAGCCGAUUGACGCCAACCAAGUGACUCCAUUUGACAUGUAUUCUGCUUGAGCAAUCAAAAAACUGUAAUUAUUAGUCUUUUUCCUUCAUAUAUUUGUACCUUUGAUGUAGUGAUGUACCUUCUAUCAAUGCUUUCCCCUU